ACCAACCUGCAGGGGAUCUCCACAUCCAGCGCCGGACGCAUCGUAGUGGCCGACAGCAACAACCAGUGCGUGCAGGUGUUCUCCAACGAGGGUCAGUUCCGGCUGCGUUUUGGGGUCCGGGGCCGCUCCCCGGGGCAGCUCCAGCGCCCCGGCAAGUUCAAGACAAAGCUGGGCGCAGGGAGGCUGAUGGGCCCCAAGGGUGUGGCCGUGGACCGCAAUGGGCACAUCAUCGUGGUGGACAACAAGGCCUGUUGUGUCUUCAUCUUCCAACCCAACGGGAAGCUGGUGGCUCGUUUCGGCUCCCGUGGCACUGCUGAGCGCCAGUUUGCAGGACCUCAUUUCGUGGCUGUCAACAACAAGAACGAGAUCGUGGUGACUGACUUCCACAACCACUCAGUGAAGGUGUACAAUGCAGAGGGAGAGUUCCUGUUCAAGUUCGGGUCACACGGGGAGGGCAAUGGGCAGUUCAACGCACCCACGGGGGUGGCUGUGGACGGCAACGGCAACAUCAUCGUGGCUGACUGGGGCAACAGGCGCAUCCAGGUAUUCGACAGCGCAGGCUCGUUCCUGUCCUACAUCAACACGGCGGCCGACCCCCUGUACGGGCCGCAGGGGCUGGCGCUCACCUCCGACGGACACGUCGUCGUGGCCGACUCGGGCAACCACUGCUUCAAGGCCUAUCGCUACCUGCAGUGA